AUGCAUGGUGUCAGCAAGGUCAGUCUGAGCAGUAAAUGCUACACAUGUGGACGUUAUGGACACUAUGCCAGGGAUUGUCAUAGCAAUAGUAAUAGCGGUUUUCCUUGGAGAAAUAGGUCAGAUAAAAGAGCUGUUGUGGAGUAUGGAAACAACAAAAGACCUUAUCGGUGCUGUAAGUGCAAUGAACAAGGUCAUAUUGCCAAAGAGUGCAGUAUGGAUAUAGAUACAGGCGCCUGUUAUAGCUGUAGAAAGCCAGGCCACAUACAACGAAACUGUCCCAACGGGACCAGUGGAGCGAGCAACUGGCGUACUGAAAAUGUACAUCGAUGGUCAGAUGAUCUCAAGUGUUAUUGCUGCGGUGGUGUUGGUCACAUAUCACGGGUGUGUCCCACAGCUCAGCGUGAUAUGUUAGGAAAUUGUUCCCUGCUUAAAGACUCGCAUAUGAGAGUGAGGUAA